AUGCCAAUAAUUACUACAACAAAUAAAACUGCUACUUGUACUUGGACACCUUUAGCACAAUUUGCCUACGGAUUUGCUAUUUAUCCUUUUACUCCUGGCGCACAAAACAAUUCUUCAUCAGAUUCUACCAAAGCUCAAAAUGCUAAUAAAAAGGUUGAUGAUGCCAUUGAUUUGAAAUCUAAAGAAAAAAAAAAAGGGCUAAUUUCUGAAAAUGAUCAUGAUCUCCAAUCUGACAAUAAUAAAGAUAAUGAUGGAAAGGUUUUAAGCGAAUCAGGAGAUCGUGAGAAAAAUAUACAAAAGGAUAAUAAUAGUAAUAGUAAUGAUAAUUCUUCAGAUUCAGUAUCAAUGACUUCAAAGCCAUAUACAACAAACUCACAUGUAAUAUCAUAUCAAGUUGCACUUGAAAUUGGUGACGAGGUUUAUGUUUUUGAAGAGCAAGGUGCUUGGUAUCGUGGUUAUGUUGUUUCUAAAUUACAUCAAACUGAAGAACCUCAAAAUGAGCCUUUAAUAGACGAGAUUUCAAGUGCAGUCAGAGAAUGGUGUAGCCUUUUGCCUACUUAUUUGGAAGAAAGAAAAUAUUCCAUGUUUAGAACUGUUAAAGAUCAAAUAAAUGAUUUAUUACAGGGUCGAAGACAAUUACUUGCUCAAACCCUAUCUCAUGAUGAGCUGAUCCAACUACGUAAAGAACUUAUCAAUAAACUUGUUUCAGGUAACAUAAUUCAAGGCUUAGAUAUUGUUGUUAGGCAUCCAGAAAAAGGUUUUCUUGCUGAUGAAACAAAUGUAUCAGCUAUUCGUCUAUAUCAAUUGCAAGGUCAGUUGUCAAUUCCUAAUACAGAAAAAUUGAAACAUGAUUCAUCAUUAUCUUUCAAUACCUUGGUCGCUUCAAUUUCCACUUUUGGCGAAUACACGGAAUUAUAUUUUUCUUUGUACACAAAGACAGAUUCAAGAUUUCUUACAGGAGAAUAUUGUAUUAUACUCGAUCGUAAUAAUAUACCAAAAGAUGAAUCGAAGAUUCAUAAAAUUAGAACAUUGUUUACGGAUCUUUCCUCUCACGACAUUCAAGAACGAGUCUUUCUUAUUUGUAGAAUCAUUCGUACAGGAAGUAUGAAAAUGGAAAACAAAGAUAAAGACAUUUUAAAAGACAGCAACUCUAUGAAAUCACCAUCAUCAUCUUUUUCUUCGCAAAACAAUCACAAUACAAAAUCACAAACUUUUCGUAGACCUUUUGGUUGUGCUAUACUUGACAUAACUCAUUUGAUUCAAGGAAAAGAAAAAGAAUCUGCGAGUGAACACGCAAUGCAAAUCUAUGUGCCCACCCAAGAAUCCACUUUUGCUAUUUUGCAUGAAGAUAUUAUUUAUAACCGUGUUAAAGAAUUUGAAAAAUCUUCAAGAGCAGAAACAAUCAGUGUAUCAAUUCGUUCAUUUUAUGGUGAAGCUGCAACAAUCAUCAAGGAAAAUUCUGAUCUACUCCAAGAUAUCACUAUUACAUCUCGCCUCGGAUUUGCUGAUGUGGUAUUUCCAGGUGAUGUAAGAAAUGAAAUUUAUCUUAAACUUUGGUCUGGUGAUUUUACUCAGGGUAGAGCUACAACUGCCAAAAAUAUUCAAGUAACAGCAGUAGUUAGAUUGGAUUCUGGGGAAGUUUUAGAAAAUGUCAUUUCUCAAGGAUCUGGUGAACCACCCGUAACAUAUUUCGAAUCAAUUGUUUUUUACCAUUCAAAUAAUCCAACUUGGGGUGAAUUUAUAAAAUUGACAAUUCCAUCUGAUUUGUUUGAGCGAGCACACGUUUUCCUAACUUUUAAACAUCGAUCGACAAAAGAUAAAAAAGAAGAUAAAAUUUUUGCUUUUGGAUACUUACCACUAUUUCCUGAAAAAAGAGCAUUCAUUAGUGAUGGAAAACAUACAUUGUCUUUAUAUAAACAGGAUAAACAAUUAAUAAAUCCUUCAUCUUAUUUAAGUGUGCCCUGGUCAUCAUCAGCUACAAUAUCUGAUACAGCUUCUAUACAUUCCACAAAUAGUUCUAAUAUGUCAUCACAUAAAUUGAUCUCUUCAUCAAAGGAUACAGCUGUAGUUUGGACAUAUUUAUGUUCUACAAAAUAUACACAGAACGAAGUAUUACUUAAAUUAUUAAAUUGGGAAAAACAAUUAUUAUCGGAUGAAAAUGAGUUGAAGUCAGUUUUAAAAAAAUUUACUUUCGUUGGUGAGGUGGAGAUUGUUAAAUUUCUUCAAGAUAUUUUUGAUGCGUUAUUUGGUAUUUUGAUGUCAGCAAGAAACCAACGAAGAGAAUUAGAUGAUUUAAUAUUUAAUGCAUUUGUGACUAUCCUUGGAAUAGUUUCUGAUAGAAGAUUUAUGAAUUUUAGACCUGUACUUGAUGUAUAUAUCGAAAACCAUUUUUCUUGUGCUGCUGCUUCAUCUCACUUUAUCAGAUCAAUGAACCGUUUAGUCUCUAAUCCAACCAGUGUAGAAACUGCAAAAAAUCUACGUUCUACUAUCAAGGUUUGGCAAUAUAUUUUCAAAUUUAUUAUGAGGUCCAGGGAACUACAAAGAACAAAAGAAGCAAAUAUGGGUCUGUCAGGAAAUUAUGUUGAAGAACAAUUCAAAAAUGAUCUACUCUCUUUAUUUAAAAGUAUAGACAAAUUGAUGUCAAUCACCACACCACAAUCAAUAAUUGGCACUCAGACAUUAGCUUUACAAUAUUUCGGCUCUAUUUUCACUGAUCUUGGCAAAUGUUUUUCACCUGAUGACCUAGCAUUGAUUGCAAUACGAUUUAUUGAAUCAGUUCGAUUGCCUAAAGGAAAACUUUUGUCUUAUAAACUUUUGGUGAUUCUACAAUUUUGUCGUGGUCCAUUAUUUGAAAAUCCCGAGUCUAGAGCAACUCUAAUACCUAGAAUAGUUGAAUGGCUUUCUGAUCAUAUGGGUAGAUGGGAAAUUACAAAUAAACCAACUAAUGAUCAUGAAACUCUGAGAUUACAAUGGCAAGAUGGUAUUAGGUUAAGUGUAUCUAUUUUGGCGGUCAUGUUGGAGUAUCUACAGAAUUCAAUUGAGAAGGCUUCAAAUGACGAAGAAUCAACUAAAAGAGAAAUUGAAAAUGUGAUAGCACUUCUUCCAUUAUUGAUGAAACUUUGUGAAUCUUAUCGAGAAUUGCAUAUUACUUCUUUUGAUGAACAUGGCAGCUUACAUCAUGAACGAACUCCAAAUAAUCUGGGAACAACAACAUCAACCAUAAAUUCAUAUCGACACUCAAAAGAUUUUCCCUUUUUCCAAUCGUCAGACACAAUCUCUAGUGGUUUGGGUGAGAUAUCAACAAUUUUAUUACAGGUAAUGGAUUUAGUAUCGCAAAAACACAUGAAAGAACACCUUCUAUCAACUUAUUAUAGAGAAGGGCACGAUUCUACAGCAGAAUUUCUGAUUAUUUUGUUCCAAGUAGCACGAUCAGUGUUGAUAAAUGAUGCAUUUCCAAAAUCAUGGUUAAAUAUGAAUAUUAUGACUCAUAAAACCUUUUUAAAAGUUCUUGAACCAAUAUCAAUAAUGAUGGAGAAAAAUUAUAUACCAGAUAAAAAAGCACCAGAUUCAUUUAAUGAAGAGCUUUGGAGAGAAUAUUUCAAUUGUCUUUUGUGCCUGCUUACCAGUAGACAUCUAGUGAUUGAAGAUUUCACACCACAAAAACGUCGUGCAACAUGGAGAUUGGCAGGUGAUAUUCGUGGACAAGGAGCAAGAUUAUUAUCAACGUUAUGGAAUGCUAUUGGAUGGGAACAGGGCAAAGAAGGAAAAAUGGGUGGUUACCAAGUUCGAUUCAUAAACACUUUAUUAGGUCCAAUGUUGGAAUUGUGUCUAUCUCAUCAUGAUGAGUUACGUUCUGCUGCAGUCACCGUUUUAUUCAAUAUGAUAGUAACACAAUAUACAUUAGAAGGAGAUUUGAAGCAAAUUGAAUCUGACAUUAUUGAUAUAUUGGAUAGACUCUUUAUGUCUGAUUCUAAAGGUGAUGAAGUGUCUCGCACAUAUUUUAUUGUACAAUUGAAAGGGUUAUUUGAAGGAUCUUUGGUUGAUAUUGACUUAAGAGAUGCAAUGAUAAAGUUCUUGGAUUCUUUGAAUGAAUUUUUGGAACUUUUACUUGGUGUUCGUGAACUACCUGAAGGUGAAGAAUUCCAGGAUGAUCGAAUCAUGUGUACACUUAAACUUAUGAAAUUCAUAAAAACUAUUGAAAGGGAUCAGAUUUAUAUCAAAUAUGUGCAUCAACUUGUUCAAAUGCAAGUAAACAGUAAAAAUUUUGUUGAGGCAGCAUUAACACUAAAAUUACAUUCAGAUUUAUACGAUUGGGAUCCAAAUAUUGAAGUAGGAGCAAUACCAGAAUUAGACUUUCCCAAGCAAUCAGCUUUUGAUAGAAAGGAAAGAUUGUAUAUUCAAUCAUUGGAUUAUUUUGUUAAGGGAAAAGCUUGGGAAUGUGGCAUAGAAAUAUGUAAAGAGCUGGCCAAACAAUUUGAGUACACCACAUUCGAAUAUCAACGUUUAAGCAAUAUACUUAAGCAACAAGCUGUACUUCAUGAGAAUAUCAUAAAGAAAGAACGUUAUUUCAGUGAGUACUUUAGAGUUGGAUUUUACGGUAGAGGAUUUCCAGCCAGUUUACAAAAUCGACAAUUCAUUUACCGUGGUCUUGAAUGGGAAAAAAUUGGUGCAUUUUGUGAACAUAUGCAGAACAAACAUCCACAGGCUCAACUACUUAAAUCAAAUAGUCCUCCAACUGAUGAUAUUCUUUAUGGAGAUGGGCAAUUCCUUCAGGUGUCAGCUGUAACGCCAGAACCAGAUAAAAAUCUUCCUUUAUUUAAAAGAGAUGCUCCAUCAUCUAUUCGCUCCUACUAUGAGUAUAAUUCUGUAAACACAUUUAGUUUCUCUAGACCUGUAAAUAAAAAUCCUGAUGGUGUUAAAUCAGGCAAUGAAUUUUUAGAUUUAUGGACAGAAAAGACCAUUUUAGUUUCUGAAGACCAUUUCCCAACUGUUUUACGACGGUCUGAAGUGAUUCAAGUAACUGUAUUUGAAGUUUCACCGAUUGAAAAUGCAGUGACUACAAUGAGAUCCAAGAAUAGAGAAUUAUUGAUUUUAGAAUCUAAAUAUAGGGCAUUCCUUAAUUCCAAUAAAGUGGGAACUGCCAAGGUCAACACUAAUCCUUUAUCAAUGUCACUAAACGGAGCAGUAGACGCACCUGUAAAUGGUGGUGUACCUAUGUAUAAAAAAGCAUUUUUUGACCCUGAAUUCAUAUUGACCAAUCCUGAUAAAGAAACACUAAUAAGAAAUUUAAAAGAAUCAAUUGAUGAGCAGGUUGAAAUUGUUGAUAGAUGUUUGCAAAUACAUAAUUUCUUGGUGUCACAUGAAAUGCGGCCAUUACACGAAACUUUGGUUAAAUUUUUCCAUAAAAAUUUUGCCGAAGAAAUUAAACGAUUAACAGAACGUAGAAAAGCAAAAAAUGAAGAAUCAAAACAGAUGACAACGAAUAUGCAUCACAAUCAUCAUCAAGUCGUAUCAUCAAUUGUUCCAUCAUCACCGAAUUCGCCAUUUUCCCCACCAUCAUUAAAUGCCAAUAAUAAUCACCGUAUUCCAUCGAUAUCUGGGCCAUUGUCAUCUGAUGUUAAUGGUGGUAACAAUAGUAUUAUUACCAAAUCAAAUAGUUCUAAUGGAAUUAUACUUUCAGAUACUCCAACGCUUGAAAAAAGAAAUACCUUGUCAGAAAAGAAAAGAUCGUUGAUAUUUGCUGAAAGAAGAAUGACAUUCAGAGGCUGGUCAUUUAAUAGGAAUAAAAAUCCAACUGAUUAA